GUCAGCAGCGGAGCUCCUGCUGCACACCGGCUGCAUGUGUGUGUGUGUGUGAGAGUGUGUGUCGCACCGGACACAGAAAACACUCCGCUGCCGUUAUAACCUGCGUGUGUGUGUGAGAGAGAGUGUGUGUGAGUGUGUGAACUGCACCUGAGGACCGGGAGUGUGUAGAGCCGGUUCCUGGGCGGGGAGCGCGGAGGAGCUGCUCUUUACUUGUUUGUCGGGAAUAUUGUUGGAGUCAAACUUCAGCUGCGGCUCCGAGUCGCUCUCUGCUCCGUGUCCGUGUCCGUGUCCGAGUCAUCAGGAUGUAAAUGUGGGAACUUUUUACUGAAGCACCGCUGACUCACGGGACGAGUUUGAUUUCUGUAACUUUUGGACGUUUUGAGGAAUAGCAGAGGAAAGAGCUGCACAGAGAGAGAGAGAGAGAGAGCGCAGAGCUGCGCGUCAUCCUGAGGAGAGGAGACAGAGGAGGUUCAUGUCAUCAGAGUUCAACUGACCUCAACACUGAACAGGAGAGUGAGGUGUUUGAUGUCAUCAGAGAUCAACAGGUGUGAACACUGAUCAGACGUGAUGGAGCGGUGGUGGGUGUGGCAGUUUGCCCUGGUCGCCCUGGCAACCAUUUGCCUCAUCCCCUCCGAUGGUAAAGAAACAGAGUUCCUCUCCGACACCCUCAUCAACAACGUGGUGACCGACCCUCAUACAGGCCGGCUGUACGUCGGUGCCGUCAACUCCCUCCACCAGCUGAACCACGACCUUGAGGUGGAGUCCCGCACAGAGACGGGCCCCAAACGGGACAACCGGCUGUGCACGCCGCCCGUCACUGACGCCUGCGAGGAGGCCAUGGACACCGACAACCACAACAAGCUGCUGCUGGUCCACGAGGCCAAGGACGUCCUGGUGGUGUGCGGCAGCGUCUACAGAGGAAUCUGCUCCCUGAGGAACCUCAGCAACGUGGAGCAGCUGCUCUACUUCAGCGACACCAAGGGAGAGAAGUCGUAUGUGGCGAGCGCCGAGGAGAGCGUCUCCGUGGUGGGAGUGAUGUCCUACUUCACCAAGGACAGAGACAACUUCACCGUCUUCCUGGUCGGUAAAGGUUACGGCAGCCACGACAGCACCAAGCUCAUCUCCACCCGCAUCCUCCAGGACUACGGUGACUGGGUGGUUUUCGACAGCAUCAUCGAGGCGUCGGCGGUGCAGGCCAACCCCUUCGUCCUGCGCUACCUCCACGACUUCCGCUUCUCCUUCAAGGACGGCGGCUUCGUCUACUUCCUGUUCUCUCGGACGCUCGGGGUUCAGGACACCAAGAACUUCACCUUCAUCUCCAGGAUGUGCGAGGACGAUCAGGGCUAUUACUCGUACACUGAGCUGCAGCUCAACUGCAGCGCCAGCAACAAGUACAACAAAGCUCAGGCUGCUUAUGUAGGAACACCAGGUGAAGUUCUGGCUGAGACGAUGACCAGAUUAGGACAGUAUGGAGCCGUAUCAGCCUCUGACAAGGUUCUGUUUGUCACCUUCACUUCUGAUGAAGACCCGUCUACUUCAGCCAUGUGCAUGUACCCUCUUCAGUCCAUCAAUAAGAGGCUGGUGGAGAUAAUAGGAGCCUGCUACAGCCACAACGGCAUCAUUAACGAGAAGGCUGCCGUCUACUCGCCUUACUCCUCCAAGUCUGAGGAGCUGUGCAGCAGCAGUAAUCAGAAGGACAUGGCGAGGAGAUACAAAUGUGGAGCAGAGUUCCUGCCCUCGCCGCUGGCCAGCAAGGCCGAGUUCGCCUUAACGUCUGAGCCCCAGUUGGCCCGUAAGGGUCACAUGACUGCUGUGGCUGUUGCUGUGGAAAUGGGGCACGCUGUGGCGUUCCUGGGCACCGCCACCGGAGAGGUGCUAAAGGUUCACCUGUCGGCUAACCCUGAGGUGUACGGGCGAGCGCCGGGCGACGUCACUGGAGACAAGGUCAACAAGAACCUGCUGUUCGAUUCCAGACUCCAACACCUGUACAUCACCACGGAGAAAAAGAUCACGAAGGUUCCAGUCCAGGCCUGCCACCAGAAGACAGACUGCCACUCCUGCGUCUCUAUGAAGGACCCGUACUGUGGCUGGUGUGUCCUGGAGGGAAAGUGCACCAGGAAGACGGAGUGCAGCAGGUGGAGGGAGGAGAACACCUGGCUGUGGUCGCCCAAUCAGCAGUGUGUUCAGAUCAAGGCCUUCAACCCGCCAAACCUCAGCUGCAAGAAGACUCAGCAGGUGGACAUCAACAUCCCGACCCUCCCCGCACUGACCAUCACGGACAGACUGCAGUGUGAGUUCGGUACUUCUGUCAGCGGAGCCGUGGUGAAUGAAGUCAACGGUCAGGUGCUGGUUACCUGUGCGCUGCCCGACCCCUCGGAGAUCCCGCCCACUCCUGACCAGCAGGACUACGUGUCCGUUCCGGUCAAGGUUCUGGUGAACGACAACAUCUUGGUGACGCGUGGAGAGUAUCACUUCUACAACUGUGCUGCUACAGUCAGGAAGAACCAGAACACACCGUGUAUCGCGUGUGUGACCAGUGAGUGGGGCUGUCAGUGGAACGCUCAGGAUCACAGCUGCAGCGACAACGACGACGUGAUGGGAGGAAGUCACAUCAUCAAACCACAACAGCCUGACAGCUGUCCUCAGUUUGAGUCUCCACAGCCGCUCCUGAUCCCCGUGGGUUUCCAAAUCCCCAUCAGCUUCCAGGGGAGGAACCUGGACAACUACAUGGGAAAGAGGUUUUCCAUCGGCACGGAGCUGAUGAAGGACGCAGAGGUGACGGUCCAACAGGAGCAGGGAUCCAACUUCAGGUUCCCAGGAUAUGAGUUUUCCUACGACAAGCAGCAGGAAGUCAAUGUAUCGUUCCACAUCAAAGACAGAGACACCGAGAGGAAGAUUGACAGCACGCUGACAGUGGUGCUGUAUAACUGCUCUGUGGGCAGAGAGGACUGCAGUCUGUGUAAACACGCUGACUCUAAGUACCAGUGUGUUUGGUGCGCAGCGCCACGCAGCUGUGUUUACAGGGAGCUCUGCCCGUCACCACAGCCGGCUCAGUGCCCUGACCCGCAAAUCACUGACAUCGUCCCUCGCUUCGGCCCUCUGAACGGUCACAUCUCCGUCACCAUCAAAGGCUCCAACAUGGGAAUAAAGAAAGAGGACGUCAAGAGGAUCACAGUGGCCGGAGUGGACUGUGUCCACCAGGCGGACAGAUACUCCGUCUCCACCAGCGUGGUGUGUGAGAUCGGCCCGGCCAGGAAAGUCCCGCCGUCUGACCUCCCAUUUGAACCGUCCAACAGCGGAGCGGUGGAGGUGGAGGUAGACGGAGGGAGGACAGGAAGGUCUCAGGUCUUUUUCACCUAUCGGGACCCCAAACCAGUCUCUGUCCAGCCCGCGAGGGGUCCAGCAGCCGGAGGAACCGUCAUCACCAUCAAAGGAGAAGACCUGGACACGGCCUCUAAAGAGGACGUGUCCGUCAGUGUGGGAGGAGUCCCCUGUGAAGUCCUGGAGUUUGGCGAAGAGAUCACCUGUAAGACCGGGAGGUACCGAGGGCAGAAGGUCCCCUCUGACCCGUUAACGGUGAAGGUGACAUACGGUAAAAACACCACCAAGGACGUGACAGCUGCGUACCAGUACUCCGAAAACCCCAAGAUCACAGAUUACUACCCCAAAGACAGCUUCAUAUGCGGUGGGCGGAGGAUUGUGGUGGAGGGAAGUGGUUUUGAUCUGAUCCAGAAAGCCACGAUGAAAGUCCUGACAUCCACUGACGACAUGUUCACACAGAAGACCCCGUCUGUAGAGUUUGUCCAGGAGUCUCUGAGUAAGAACGGCACCGUCCUCCAGUUUUACUCUCCUCCUGUAAACUGCUGCGCCAACAGCCCGUCUCUGCGGACCGUCCUCCAGCUGGACAACGUGAUGGAGGACCUCAAGAGCUUCAACUACCACCCUGACCCCACCUUCAAUGAGCUCGACAAGAACGUCAUCACUGAGACCAGCAUCAUCAUCGUCACUGGUCGAGGGUUCUCCAAGGCCAUGACAGCCAAAGAGGCGCAGGCUUUUGUUGGAGACGCUUCCUGUCAUGUUAACAUCCUGCAGGAUGAUAAGUUGAUCCUAGAGGCUCCUUCAUCGCAGCCCAAAUCCAGAUCCAAACGCCAGCGCAGAGACACGACCAAUGAACCGCUGGACCUGACGGUGAAGUUCGGUCACGGCGAGUGGACGGUGGGUUCAGUCUACUACGCCAGGAAAGACGACAUCCCUCUGGCUAUAAUCAUCCCCGCAGUCAUCGUCCCCAUGCUGCUCUUCAUCAUCGUGUCCGUCUACUGCUACAGGAGGAAGAGUCAGCAGGCAGAGCGAGAGUACGAGAAGGUGAAACACCAGCUGGAGAAUCUGGAGGAGAGCGUCAGAGAUCGCUGCAAGAAAGAGUUCACAGAUCUGAUGAUAGAGAUGGAGGAUCACACCAGCGACUUGAGCGAGGCCCGGAUCCCUUUCCUUGACUACAAAACCUACACCGACCGAAACUUCUUCCUGCCCUCCAAGGACGGCGCCAACGACACCAUGAUCACAGGGAAAAUACAAAUCCCAGAAGCCCGCAGGGCCAUCGUGGCUCAGGCGCUCAACCAGUUCUCCAACCUGCUCAACAGUAAAACCUUCCUCAUCAACUUCAUCCGCACGUUGGAGAGUCGUCCGGACUUUAACGCCCGGGCUCGUGGUUACUUCGCCUCACUGCUGACGGUGGCGCUGCACGGUAAACUGGAGUACUACACUGACAUCAUGAGGACGCUGCUGCUGGAGCUGAUGGACGAACAUGUGCAAAACAAGAACCCCAAACUCAUGCUCAGGAGGUCGGAGACGGUGGUGGAGAGGAUGCUCUGUAACUGGAUGUCCAUCUGUCUCUAUCAGUUCCUCAAGGACACAGCGGGAGAGCCUUUAUACAAACUGUUUAAGGCGUUGAAGCAUCAGGUGGAGAAAGGACCAGUGGACGCCAAGAUGAAGAAAGCCAAAUACACACUGAACGACACGGGACUGCUGGGGGACGACGUGGAGUACUCUGUACUGACUCUGCAGGUGUUGGUGCACGGGGAAGGACCAGACGUGACUCCAGUGAAGGUGUUGAACUGUGACACCAUCUCACAGGUGAAAGAGAAGAUCAUCGAUCAGGUGUACAGAAAUUUGCCGUACUCACAGAGGCCGAAGGUGGAGAGUGUUGCUCUGGAGUGGCGCCCCGGCUCCACAGGCCAGAUCCUGUCUGACCUCGACCUCACCUCCCAGAAGGAGGGACGCUGGAAGAGACUCAACACUCUGGCUCAUUACAACGUUCGAGAUAACGCCACGCUGGUUCUGUCCAGAGUUCUGCACACGCAGUCUUUCCACCAGCACCAAGACAGCUACGAAGAGAAAAACGCCCUGCUGGAGGACGACAACACCUUCCACCUGGUGCGGCCGGCGGAUGAGAUCGACGAGGUGAAGUCGAAGAGAGGCAGCAUGAAGGACAAGGCCAUGACCAAAGCCAUCACGGAGAUCUACCUGACCAGGCUGCUGUCCGUCAAGGGCACUCUACAGCAGUUCGUGGACGAUUUCUUCCGCAGUGUUUUGUGCUCGAGCUCUGUCGUCCCUCCUGCAGUCAAAUACUUCUUUGACUUCCUGGACGAGCAGGCGCUGAGACACGACAACGUGGACGAGGAGACGCUGCACAUCUGGAAGACCAACAGCUUGCCUCUGAGGUAUUGGGUGAACAUCCUGAGGAACCCUCACUUCAUCUUCGACGUCCACGUGACGGAGGUGGUGGACGCUUCGCUACACGUCAUCUCUCAGACCUUCAUGGACGCCUGCACCAAGACGGAGCACAAACUCAGCAGAGAGUCUCCCAGCAACAAGCUGCUCUAUGCAAAAGAGAUUUCCACGUACAAGAAGAUGGUGGACGAUUACUACAAAGGCAUCAGACAGAUGGUUCCAGUCAGUGACCAGGACAUGAACACACACCUUGCUGAGGUGUCCAGGCAACACACAGACAAACUGAACACCCAGUUGGCCUUACAUCAGCUGUACCAGUACGCCAGCAAGUACUACGAUGUGAUCAUCCAGUCGCUGGACGAGGACCCCGCAGCCCAGAAUAAGCAGCUUACUCUCCGCCUCCAACAGAUCGCCGCCGCCCUGGAGAACAAGGUCACUGAUCUUUGACCCCUGACCUCACGGUGGGGUCGGGGGGACGAGAUAACGGCUACUAAAACACAGGAUGUUGUUUUGCAUUUAAGGACUCAAAGGAGGACGAGCUCGCGGACUCUACUGAAUGUUUGAUCAUGUAAGGACUGAAGUGGGAGGGGCUAGUGGAGCCACAGGAAGCUGUUGACCAUAUAGGGACUGAAGGGGGAGGAGUUAUGGGACUCCAGGGGGGAGAGGAGCAGAGAUUUUGGACAAAGUGCUAGAAUAUGCUCAGAGUGGUGGAAACAGAAUCGCUGAUGUCUGCUUAAGUUGUAUGGCGUAUUUCCACUUGGCGUCCCAAAACAAAUACCACAGAGGGAUGCAAAAUGGCGACUAUAAUAUGGCUGCAGAUGGGAGCUUUGUGAAAUCAAAGGGUUAUUUUUUUAAAAGGCGUUCGGUACGUGUGAUCUCGGAGCAUUUUUGUGUUUGGCUUCUCUAUACCACAAAUUUUAUUUUGCCGUAGAGGAAGUGAAGAAGAAAAAGUGCCGCACAAGGAAUGAAGAUUUCUGGAUGAUUGAAGAAUCGAAGUGAAGUAAUGAGACAUUACCAAAUAUUUUAUUUUUGCCCUUUUUGGAAGUUGGCAGUGGAAGUUCAGCUGCUCCAGGACGCUUUGUGACCACUUCUCCUUCAUUGUAUUACAUGAGAGUCUAUGAACUGUGGAUGGGAGGUGGAUCAGUCUGAUCUGAGGUCAGAUUUUCUGUCUCUAAAUACAGGAACCAGAAAAUCUGGUCUCUUGUCAGCAACAGAUUUUGGUUUUCAUCCUAAACGCUCUGAUGAACUUUCUUUUACCUUAAAGCGAGCUCAAAUAAAAGUACUCGACCAAUGAAAACCCACUACGGUACACACCACUGGCCAAUCGGGUCUUGGUUCGACCUGAAGGCACAGCUGAGGAAAGUGAAUUCAGGGUAUGACGUCCAAAAAUCAAACCAUAACAUCAUCUUUCCUUCUGUCAUGGCCAAAUGUUGUAUUCAUAUCAGAGUAUGUGUUUCUAUGCUGAUGACACUGUGCUGUUGACUCGAGUCGCAGCUGAAUAAUUUGCUCUGUUUAGUUUUAAUAUUAUUCUUUGUUUGCAGGCUUUAAGCAGAGGCUUCGCAUUUCCAUAUACAACAUGAAAAUGAUCUUUUUAAUGGACUGAUACGGUGCCGCUUUGUUUUUUCUUUUGUAAAGUGUUGAUCAGGGUGGUCCAUGAUGUCAUAUCCUGUGAGUAAGAGUGUGUGUGAGAGUGUGUGUUCAGCAGUUAUAUCAACACCGUUGCCACUUUGUUGCCGAGGACCAGCUUGUUUUUACUUUAUGUGAAAAAUCAUGACUGCCUAAUCAUGUGGUUGAAACACUUUUAUUUUUUUAAGUGUGAUUCGCUGUUAUAAUUUGUACGAUUUAACUUCUUUUGCAAAACUUCUUUCAUAUAUGAUGCUGCGUUUUUCUUUUCUGCACACAUAAGAAGUGUCUUCUGAAGACAGGGUAUCCAUGGAUCCUUCAAAAAGGUUUAAAGUAACUCUAGAAGUUAAGGUGGAGCUGUAAGAUGACUAAAAAUAUGCAUCCAGGACACAGUCUGGUUUUAAUUUGCUUGAUUUCACCUGGGUGAUGCAGUCACUAUCUGUGCUGCUUUCCAGGAAGUCUAAGGUACGAACAUUUAAAACACACAGUCAAAAAUUAUGAAAUUAAACACACUCCUCCACCUUAUUCUGUGGAAGAUUUAAAAUGCAGAAAAACAAAUCAAAGAAAUCAAAUACCAAUAUCAUAUAUAGUUCCUUUUUAUAGAUACAUUUAGUGUGUAAUAAUUAAAUGAAAGCAUGUUUAGAAAAACAACAAUAAUGUUGUUUUCUUCUCAAAUAACUGAAUUGUUUUUUACGGUGCCUUGAAUUUUCAACACGUUCUUAUCCCAACUUCUGAAAUACCCCCGCUUUGUCAGUGGACCUACGUGUCAAAAUAUAACGUGCUAGGUAGCCUCUUGCGUCAGUUUAGGACACUCAUGGACGACGUGUCAAUUUACGCUUGUUGCAUGUAUUGUGUCACUUUAAAACACACGUCCGUUUUCAGAGGAUAUGUAGUGUCUGCUCAUUAAAUGCGUAGUGUUUUUCAAAAUAAAAGAACGUAGGUAAACACAUUUUUGGGUUUAUUACUUGAGGUUAACACAACAAAAGCAUGUGAUUAGGUUUAGAAAAACAUUAUGGUUUGGCUUAAAAUAAGUAUGUUCCAAUGUGAUGUGACAUUGCAAGACAGAUGUCAUGUGACAUAUGUUACCAGCAUAGCAUGCUACACAUACUAGCAAACUAUAUUGGUAUUACAAUAACUCCAUUGACUUUGGGUUUCACAGGUAAGGAACAGCACUCUCCUGAGUGAAAGUCCAGAGUUUGUUUGACCCAUCCACGUCACCGCCCCCCCAUAGGGACUUUCUCGCUCUUUAUACUAUUGUAGUUGCUGAUGGCGUUACAAAUUGCUGCUGCCCGUUGUGUAUCAAACCGCCAUGAAGGCUGCCGCUGUGCCUCAGUGUCUGACAACAAGAUCCACUGAUAAAGCGGCGAUACUUGAAGAGCUGGGAGUGAGAACUGGCUGAAAUUUUCCAUGUCAUGUCCAAUUAAAGUGACUGUAUUUUCUUUGUUGUUUGAUUGUAAUGUGUGAAAAACCACAUCGCAAUACAAAAACAAUUCAGUUAUACUGCAAAUACACUAAAUGCUUGUCCCUUUAACAUUUUUAAAUUGAAUUAUGACACAUUUAUGACAUAUUUAAAAAGGAAAUCCAUCUUAAUGUGUGUAUUUCACUUUAUUUCCUUGAUUUGUUUCUACUGGGGCAUUUUAUAUCUUCCAUAUUAUCCAACAUAGAAAUACCAAAACAACACACACAGCUGUCUUGUUCCUUUCAUUCUACACAAACAUGGUAAAAACAGUUUGUGCAAAUAAUUGUUACGCAGCACCUGCAAAGACUUUAUGUGCCUCCUGAUGAUUGCCUCCUCCUUAUUCUGCACAUUAAAUGUUUCAUAAUGUUCAUAAUGAAAAAUAA